GGACGGGGGUGGUUCACACGCCCAAAUAGGUGUGGAUCUUCCUUCAUGUUUGUACAAACACCCUAUUAGUAACCAAGCUGGCUCGGUCACAUGACGGAGGCGAAACGUGAAAUCCGGCCAGCCUCGAGCCAGUUUUCGGCUUCUCCGAAAGACGCGCGGAGGAGGAGAUAAAUUCCCCUCCGGAGGAUCCUUCAUCGCUUCGGUUUCUUUCGGCCGCAGCCCCUCUCUGAAUCCCGAUCUCCUGGAACUAGGAAGCUGGCGGAAGUCCCUCUGACUGGCUUGUCACCUCAGGCGGAUCGCUUGGAAUGGAGAAACUCAAUAAACUCACCGUGCCGGCGGGACAAAAACUCAGGCAACUUCAAAAAAUAGUGCAUGAUAUCAAGAAAAAUGAUAGUGGAAUAAUGAGCAAGUUCAAAAAGUUCCAAAAUGAACACGUGGCCUUAAUAUGCAAAACUGGAAAAAAUACAUGGGAUCGGUUAACAAGUAAACCACCACCAAGCAUACCACCAGUUGAUUAUGUCCCAGACCGUACAGAAGAAGAGGAACAGUGGUCAGAUGACUUUGACAGCGAUUAUGAAAAUCCAGAUCACCACUCGGAUUCUGAGAUGUAUGUGGUCCCCACAGAGGAGAACUGUGAUGACAGCUAUGAGCCUCCUCCAAGUGAACAUGAGCCAAAGACGGUCCCAAUCCCAUUCACAUGUGCCCAGGGUGUAUAUGCAGAUGACAAACGAUCUAGCCAACAGAAGACGUGGUCCUCACCUAUUACGCCAAACCAAUCUGCAUCUCUAUCAAAGAAACCAGCCACUUUGCCGCUACCGCCAUCUGCUGUUCAGAAGCCUAAACUCCCACCCAAGCGAAUGGAUGAUGAGGCAGAUUAUGUUGUGCCAGUUGAUGAUGACGAAGACAAUGAAGAUAAUUAUAUAGAACCCACAGAAGAAAGCACUUCACAACCUGUAAAACCACCUGUGGUGAACAGAUCAACCAAGCCUCCCUGUUCUUUGCCAUCACCUUCCACACUAGAUGUAUAUGAAAUUCCUGAGGAAGAGCAGAAGUCAUCACCUCCAUUACUCAGGAUAUCCAAGCCGCUUCCUCCCAAACCAGCUUUGAGGCCAUCUCAUGAACGAAGCAUACCUAAAGAAUCCUUCACAUCCGAUACGUUUAAAUCAGACAGAAACAUUUUACCACUUCCAAGGCACCGCCCUUCACCAAAAGCUGAUCCAGAGGUCCUUGGAACGCAAAACGAUGGAAACAAUAGCAGCAAUAAUGCUGCAGAAUUUAAAAUUCCUUCUGUUAAUGUUCCAUCUCCAUUUCCCAGGAUCACAAAAAAGCAAAUGAAUCCUGCAAUACCGCUGAAACCAAGCUUACCUGAUAGAGACCACUUAAAUAUUGCUGAAGAUAAACCUAUACCUGCUGAACGCCGCCGGGGUUCCAAUCACGACAUGCCUCUUCCACCCAUCCCUUCCAGCAUUCAAAAGCCAUUACCUCAGAAGCCACCAAUCUUGUCAAGAUCUCCAGAACCUGCAAGCCACCCUAUAGGCACUCGAAAUAAUAGCUUUCAAGCGGAACAGGAUGCUGGUGUUCUUGGUCAAGCAUGGUACAUGGCUUCUAGUGAUCGGAAAAUAGCUGAAGAUGCAUUACACAAAUCAAACAAGGAUGGGUCUUUCUUAGUAAGGAAGAGUUCUGGACAAGAUUCUAAGCAACCAUAUACACUGGUUGUAUUUUAUAACAAAAGGGUAUAUAACAUCCCAAUCCGAUUUAUUGAAUCAGAAAGGCAAUAUGCUCUGGGUAGAGAAAAGACUGGUGAGGAGCACUUUGACAGUGUGGCAGAAAUAAUAGAGAAUCAUCAGCGGACUUCUCUCGUUCUCAUUGACAGUCAAAACAAUACAAAAGACUCCACCAGGCUAAAAUAUAUUGCUAGAGUUUUGUAACUGCACCAAGGAGCGUCAUGGAGUAUCUUCUAGCCCUCAUUUUCCAAGGAUUUGAGCAUCUGAACAAAUAUGCACAACUAUGGUUAGAAGUAUUUUCUCCACGUUGUCCAGCAAGCACCAUGCUAUUACAAAGCUAGUGGAUUUGUUUAUGAAGUGCUGCUCCAGUCAAAGUGUCCAAAGCCCUUUUUUAUAUAUAUAUAAGAUAUUACAAACUCUAAAGGCAAAAAAAAAAUCUCAGUGGCAGACAAGAUUUAUUUAAAACUACCUGCUAGCGUUUACUUGUCCUGCAAAACUCUGUAUUUUUCAAAGCUAGGGUGUCUGUAUUCCAAAGAACUAUUAUGUAACCAGCUAAAAGCAGGAUUUUUAUUGCUCUGACAGCCAUUUAAAAUAAUCAGGAUGUUUGUUUAGUGUAAUGGACUGGUACGUAUUUUACCUGUAUUUGUUGAAGCUAUUAUCAAAUUUUGAUUUAAGUGUACAUAUAUAAAAAUAAUUAUGUAUAAUUUAUCAAGAUGCAGUUACAGUAUGAUACUCUGGCCACAUGAAUGUACCAAACAAGUAUUCAGUGUUUCUUUGGGAGGGGAUGUGUGUGUUUCCACUAGACUCAUCAUGCAGUUGUGAUCUGCAUUCAACAAGGUGUUAUUUUUGAAGCUUUUAAAUACAAGAAAUGGGAACCUGUAUUUUAUGACUCCUGGAAAAUUUAAACUGGACAGUUAAGUUUAAAAACUUAGGUGUACAUAUCAGCUUGACUUCCCAUUAAUUUUGUAAGGGUACUUGCUGCAUUCCAAAUUCUACCAUUUGAUUUUGUAAAAUUGAUAAAAAAAGACUAAAUGGUUCUCAGUCAAAUAAUAGUCUUCAAUUUAUGACUGCAAUUGGGACCAGUAAUUUCAGUCAUUACAUGACUAGAUCUGAUCUUAUGACCCUAAUCUUUAAGUAAAUCAGUAAUUAAGAAAAUCUGGUUACCCCAAUUUACUUAACUUGUCCAGGAAG